GCUGUCUGUCUAUGUAUCACGUUUCGCACAUUGUAUGCGUGUGUGUCUGUGCAGUGUUGUAUAGUGCAUAAAUUAUGGAAUUUUGGAUUUCUUUCGAGUUUCGUUUUAGUUUCUGAUUUUUUUCCCUUAAUCGAUCUGUAUGUUGCUCUCUCUGUCGCUCGCUCGCUUUAAAAGGUUGCAUCCCCAAGAGAUGCACAAAGAGCGAGAGAGCGUAAGCGAGAUAAACAGACGCCGCCACUAACGCACACAAAUGCAAAUGCAGUUAGCUGGUAAAACUUGUUUUCUCCCUCUCUCUCUGCAAAAAGAGCAAAAGCCGCUAUUCGGCCGCUCGCUCUCUCGCUACUCGCCGCUGCUACAACUACAAACACACUUGCUAUAUACCAUAUAUACGGCUGAUUCAAAGCUAGGCGAGCAAAAUUUCCAUUGUGUGUGGCGGCCAGCGUUCGCAGUCGGUUCGAAAAUUUCUGACUCGUCAUUCGUGCGCAAAAAACACAAAAUACAACGCAAGAAGUACAAGCCUGACUCUAACCAACAACAGCAACAUGCAUAGUUCUACAGUAUGUGUGUUUCAUUGCCAAAGCAACGUUUACAUAUAAAUACUCUCUUAAGAGAGCAAAUAAUAAGAAAUACAAAUAAAUAAAUCAAAUCAAAACCAAAUAACUAAACAUCAAAUAGCAAAUUACAAACAAAAUUCAACAACAAAAUAUCGAAAGCAAAGAAACGAGACGAAAGAGAGUUUUCAAUAUUUGUGUAUCCGUGUGUCGUCUCUCUCGCUCUCUCGCGUGUGUUUCGUGCCUAUAUCUGUGUGUGUGUGUGCGUGCAGCAGAAUCAAUAAUAAAAAAUAAAGAUCCAAAAAAGAAGAAAAAUUAAGCAAGCAAAUGUGCAAAAUACUAGAGAAUAUACAAGUCAACAACAAAUAAAAACAACGACCGGAUAAAUAACAAUAAUAGCAAUACACUAUACACAACAACGUUGAGAAAAUGAGGUGCUGCUGUGCGAAGAAAACAAGCCAAGAACUAUGACGCAUCAAAAUCAUCAGACAAACGGCGCAAGUUUGGAGGAUUGCCACACAAACUUUUAUGCCUUGACUGAUUUAUGUGGAAUAAAAUGGCGGAAGUUUGUUAAUGGGGAGCGACCGAACGCACCGAGCGAUCCUUUAACGGACCCGAUCCUGCGCUCCUAUUCGCGAUGCAUCCGGGCGGACAUGCUAUGCGUGUGGAGGAGGGUCCAAUCCACGAAGACGGACAACGCCGAACCCAAUGCCUUAACCUUUGAGAUCGCCACCUCGACCAAGGUCCACCCGCCCCUUUCGUUGGCCGCCGCCAAGGAGCUGUGGAUCUUUUGGUACGGCGAGGAGCCUGAUCUCAAGGAUCUGGUCGAUGCCGAAUUGCUGAGAGUUGCGGCUAACCAAGCUCUUUGGAAUGGCACCUGGAAAGGAGCUCUCACCUACGAAUGCCGAUCGCUGCUUUUCAAGGCGCUGCACAAUCUCAUGGAGAGGUUUGUGCUCACCAAAGACAUUGUGCGGUUUGGCAAAUGGUUUGUGCAGCCCUGCACCUCCAGCGAUCGUCUCUUUGGACGGAGCUCCCAGCACCUGUCCUUCUCAUUCACGUUCUUCGUUCAUGGGGACACCGUUUGCGCCUCCAUUGAUCUACGCGAACAUCCCGCCGUUCGACCGCUGACCAAGGAGCAUUUGGCCGAGGCGGCGGCCGCCUUUGCAGCGGCCAGUUCGCCGCCAGGCUCGACGGGAUCGGCGGCGGCGACAGCGGGCGGUGGAGCAGUGCCUAAUCCCGGCCAGGAUCCGAAUGGCGCCGGCAUAGAGCCACUGGACGGUGGCGAGGGAGGAGCGGCCAAGGCGGCACCGCCGGCGCAUGCGCGCAAGGUGAUGUUGGCCCCCUUCGGAAUCGCGGCAAUACUCACUGGGAAUAGCUACAAGGCCAGCGAUCCGAUAGCCGAGAAGAUCCUCGAGGAUUGGGCCUCGUUUUUUCCGCUGUGCAAUAAGGACAACACGGAUGUGCCACCCGUGGUGGAAGUGGUGUCGGGUGGACAUAAGAUGUAUCAUCCCACGAACUACGUACUAGUCACAGAUCUGGACGACAUGGAGCACAUGGAGUUUAUCGAGAUGCAGAAGAUGCAGAGCUCUGUGGGCGGAGCGGCGGCUGAGGCAGCAGUUUUGUCCUCGCUCUCCUGCCCGCCGGGUGCUGCAUCAGCUCCGCCUUCUUCCUUGGGAGCAGGAGUAGGAGUAGCAGCAGGACCCUCGUCGGCAACAGCGAUUCCAGUGGGUCCCGCUUCACUCAACGCUCCCGGUGGAGGAGGAGCAGCUGCAGCAUCCGCUUCCUCCGCCUCCACCAAAGAGGCAUCCCGCAAGGCAGCUCCCCAAGCGGUCAGCGCAUUGGAGCGUCUCGCCUUCCAGCCCUACUACGAUCAACGGCCCACCUCGGGCUUCACCUUCAAUACCAACAAUACUCACAUACCCGCCUCGGCUGCCGUUGAAAUGCCAGAGCGAACCUGGCAGGAUUGCGUGAUGAACACGCUUCAUGUGGACGCAGCAGCAGCAGCAGCGGCGGCAGCAGCAGCGACAUCAGCAGUGGCAUCCUCCACACCCUCCGCGGGAAGUGGUCCGCCGGCAGAUGGGAACGAUGAGAACGAGCAGAACAAACCGCCGCAGCAGCAGGAUUCCAAGCAACUGGUGCAGCAGCAAAUCCAACAGCAGCAGCAGCAGCAGCAACGUCAGAAGCUCUGGAACUUUGUGGAUCCCAUGCAGAAGGCGCCCUGCAUAUGCACCAACGCCCAAUGCAGCAGCAGUAGCAACAGCAACAGCAGCAGCAGCAGCAGCAACAGUAGCAACAUCAACAUUAUCAACAACAAGCGGCAACAGCAAUCGCUGGGAUCGCCGGCAUUGCGAGCAGCAGUUACCGGUGCCAGUGGCAAUAAGUCGUCGUCAUCCUCCUCCUCAUCGUCGUCGUCGUCCGCGACGUCCUACCAGCAACAUUACCACCAGCAACAUCUGCAGCAGCAGCAGCAACAACAGCGACCGGGAACACCUGUGCCUUCGGCAGCGACAGCAGCAGCAGCAGCAACAUCGCAACAUCAUUCCAGUUCCCUGAGCAACACUUCCGCCUCCAAUUCUUCCGCGACCGCCGCCCUCCUCCGCCGCCACAAUGUGCCGUUCCACAAGCGGUUGCUCCACUCGCUGGCGUCCACCGCCUCCUCCUCCUCCACCUCGUCGUCGGGCGCGUUUAGAGCCAAAAACCACAGCAACACCACAACAGACACCAAUAUACCAAAACAAAGACAUCUGGGGAAUACACCGCAUGGAACGCCGCACGGCGGAGCGUCGACGUACUCCCGCAACUCCUUGGGUGGCGACUCCUCGAUGCCGGUGGCCUCCGUGGAAUCCCCGGCGACGCCGGCACCCUCUCCUCAUCCCAAUUCGGCGCACUCGCAACCGACAUCCGUGCCGCCCGCUGAGCAACUGCUCAACAUGAGUCCACAUGCGCCCACUUCCGUCUCCAAUCUGCAACAGCCGCCGACGCCAAUUGACCACCUGCUGGACAAGAAUACUCCGGCGCCAACGCCGACGGACCAGCACGACAGCAAGAGCAUAACGGCCUCGCCCUACGUCCACCAGACGCCCAGUGUGGAGCCGCCCUCGUACACGGAUCACGCAGCCGGCGGCGGCGGAGCAGCAGGUGGCCAAUCCCUGGGCACGGGUCCUGGCAGUGUGCCCACCCAGCAGCCGGCCACUCCGACGGCGGCAAGCUCAGCCGGAGGAGCAGGACCUGGUGGAGCGGGAAAUGCCAUGGGAGGAGGCUCAACAGUGGGCACAAUUAGUGUCAAGAAGCUGGAGAUGCAGCAGCAGCAGCAGAAUCCAACGGCGGCGGCCAUGGCGAUCAAACAGGAGCCGGGAACUCAGGGUCGGGGGACAGCAGGAGGAGUCACCUCCACUGCCGAGGCCUUGAACAACCUGAGGCGAUUGUACAGUCCACCUAAACUUACGCUGAAGGAUCCGGAUAGCUUCUACGACGACGAGUGGCUCAAGGAGGUCAUCUAUGACUUUCAGUACCAGGAGAACUGGGAUUAUCUGACCGUUAAGCGUCCGAAGUUGGAUGAGGUUUCCAAGCAGCGGCGGCCCAGGUAUGCCAAGAACCUGUACGAGGGACACACGCAUGUGAAGCCACUGAUGCCGUCGCCCGGAUCCGUUUAUGGCUCGCAGCUGCUCUCCUUGGAUGUUUCCGCCAAUUCAGCGGGCGUUGGAGGAUCGGCGGCGGGCAGUUCCAGCGGUGGCCUGGUGGGCAUUGCCAACAGCACGGCGAAUGGCGGCGAUGCGGAAGCGGAGAGCGGAAGCAGUUUCUUUCCGGGACUGGACAUCAAGACGGAGCCCGGUUUGCAUUCCCCCUCGUGCAAGGACACCUCGAAAUCCUCCGGCGGCGGCAACAGCAGCGGCGGAGGAAGCGGUGGCGGGAAUCUCUUCACCGCCGAGGGUCUGAAUCCGUCGCUCAACGAUCUGGAGCAGUUGUUCGAGACGAGUUCGAACGACGAGUGCAGCAGUGUGCAGAUCCACACGCCGCCCGACUCCAACAAUCCCUCGAACGGCGGCUGCAGUGCUGUGACCAAUACGAUCGAGGACCUCAAGCGGAGCACGGCGGUGGCCAGUGCGGUGGUGGCAGCAGCGGCGGCGGCAGCAGCAGCAGCAGCGGCCGCCUCGGGAGCGGGCAACAUCCAGGCGGAGGAUCUCACCAAGAUGUUUCCCACGCCGCCGUCGCACGAGCAACAGCACCCGAACUCGAGUCCCUGCCAAACGGACGUGGUGAUGACGGAUCUCAGUGUGGACACCACCACGACCAGCAUAACGUGCAGCAGCGGCGGCAGUGGCAUAACAACCUCCUGCAACACGACAUCCAUCACGAGCAGCAUCAACACCUCCUCCACCACCGGCUGCAGUAGCAGCAACACCAGCAGCAGUAUUAUCCUGGCAGCCGUGCAACAACAAGCGCCCGUCGCCAUGGUGGCCAUCCAAACGGUGUCCUCCAAGCUGGUGAAGCAGGAGUACAACCUGGAGCUGGGCAGCCCCAAGGAGGAGGCCAUCGAGGACUGGAACUUUGUCUACCGACCGCCGCAGCAGGAGAAGUUUGUGGGCUCCACGCGCUACGCUCCGCUGACCAACCUGCCCAGCCAGACGCAGCCGCCGCUGAAUCUGCCGCCGGAGUGCUAUUACCAGCCCACCUGGAGCAGCCACAAGUCGCGGGCGGCCACCCUGGCCAAGGCGGCGGCGGCGCAGCAGCAGCAACACCAGAAGCACCAGGCGCUGCAGCAGCGCAUCCAGUUGCACCAGCAGAAGCUGCAGCAGUUCCAGCACCAGCACCACCAGCAGCAGCAACAGGCGGCAGCGGCAGCAGCGGCGGCAGCGGGAGGCGGAGGCCACCAGAAGCAUCAGCAGCACCAGCAUCAGCAUCUCCACGAUCUUCUGUCGGCGGCACCGAGGACGCCGCUCACCCCGUCGACGGUUCCCCAGCCGCUGAGCAGUGGCGGCAGCCAGUUGCUGUUGAACCAACUGAAUUGCCCACAAGCGCCGCCCGGCAGCUCCAUGCAGCAGCUGAUGCAGCGAGCGGGAAUGUCACCUAUAUCGCCUGGACCUGGCAUGGGUCCCUAUGGAGCGCGGAGUAGUCCCAUGUCGCGGCAGACGCCGACGCAUCCGCCGCCGCCUUAUCCCUACGACUUGGCCGUGGCUAGUCCGGCCACCUCCACGUCCUCGUACUUGAACCGGCCGCUCCACUCGCAGGAGCAUCCAGGAGCAAUGCACGGCAUGGGCGGCGGAGGAGGAGGAGGAGGAGCAGGAGGAAUGGGUUCCGGAGCAGGAGGUGGCGGCGGCGGACACAUGGGCAUGAUGCCCUACACUGGCGAUGCGGGCAUUGCCAGUGGUGGUGGAUCCGCCACAGCCACAGCUGCCGGAUCGUCCAGCCUGCUCCAGGAGCUGCCCGAGGUGAACUCCGUGCUGGUGAACAUCCUGCUGUACGACACCGCCUUGAACGUCUUCCGGGAUCACAACUUCGACAGCAGCAGCGUGUGUGUGUGCAAUGCGGAUACGCAGAAGAUUGGCAAUAUACGUGGAGCGGAUUCCGGGGUGUAUGUACCCCUGCCCGGCAUCAGCUUCAAUCCGUUCCCCAGCGGAGGAGGCGCAACGGGAGGAGGAGGAGCUGGCGGAGGAGCUGGACAGCGGGUGGUGAAUGGACCCAGUUCCGCCGGCGGCGGCUUUGGCGGCAUGCGGAUGCUAAGUGCCUUUGGGGGUUCGCCGGCCUCCGCCUCGAUGCCCGGAGCUGGCUCCGGACAUGGCCACGGCCCGAACGGCGGCUCCAACUCGUCGUCCUGCACGCCGCCCAGCAGCUAUCCCCACAUCACCGGCUACGUGGACGACGAUCCCGUGGAGUGUACGUGCGGCUUCAGUGCGGUGGUCAAUCGACGCCUCUCGCAUCGCGCCGGACUCUUCUACGAGGACGAGGUGGAGAUCACCGGCAUAGCGGACGAUCCGGGCAGGAACAAGCAGCCGUCGCUGUUGAGCAUCAUCCAGAGUCUCAGCAGAAAGAACCAGAUGAAGCAGCAGGGACCUGGCGGAGAACCGAGUUCCGCCUUGGAGAAGGCGGGAGGAGCGGGCGGAGUGGCGGGUGGACAGCUGGAGCAGCUGGCCCACGCCAUCUUCGACCUGCUGCUGGACCAGUGCUCCACCAUCCAGACGUCCAGCAGCUCUGUGCACCGAGCUCUCCAGGCGCAUCGAAGGCGGAUGUCGCGUCAGCGCAGGAUCUUCGGCACCAAUGGAGCUCCCACCGCCUCGCUGGCUUCGAUUGCCAAUGUUCUGGAGUUCAUGGAUGCGCACGACGUGAUCAGCUUGGCCUUGGAGCAGGCGAGGCUGGCGUUCGAGAACCAGCGGAUGGACAACAUGAUGGACUUUCACGGGAACGGAAGCAGCAGCUCCCACCAGCAGCAGCAACUCACGGCGUUUCAUGCACCGCCGCCGGCACUGCGUCACAAGCUGGCGGGGAUUGGCGCUGGACGGUUGACGGUGCACAAGUGGUCGUACCUCCCGGUGGGAUUCACGCGAAGCAACAAGGAGAUUGUGCGCACCAUGAACGCCAUCCAGCCGAUGCUGCAGAACGCCUUCCACUGCAAAUCGCGAGGUGGCUCCGGCUCCAAGGAUGCCAGUUCGUACAACACGGUGAGUGGACCGCUCACCUGGCGGCAGUUCCAUCGCCUGGCGGGUCGUGCCUCCGGACAGUGUGAACCGCAACCCAUUCCAUCCGUGGUCGUGGGUUACGAGAAGGACUGGAUCUCGGUGGCGCCGCAGUCCAUCCACUACUGGGAUAAGUUCCUCCUGGAGCCGUACUCCUAUGCCCGGGACGUGGUCUACGUGGUGGUGUGUCCGGACAACGAGCAUGUGGUGAGUUGCACCCGGAGCUACUUCCGCGAGUUGGGCAGCACCUACGAGAUGUGCAAGUUGGGCAAGCACACGCCCAUUCGGGGAUGGGACGGUAUCCUCCAGGUGGGCGCAGCUCGCAAUGUGCCCGCCGAUCGGGAGACCACUCCGCUGGACGACUGGCUGCGCACCCUGGAGCACGCUGCUCUGGCCGAGCAAAUCCGUCGCUAUGCAGUGGCCUUCAUUCACCAGUUGGCUCCUUACUUGAGUCGCGUGCCCAAUGAUAAAACGCUACUCAAUCCACCGGAUGGCACUGGGAAUUCCAACUCGAAGGGAGGAAGCUCUUCCUCCUCGAACACUUCAUCGGCCAGUGGAUUGCCCGGGGGGGAUUUGCCCACGGAUAACAUCAAACUGGAACCGGGAACGGAGCCACCAGUUCAGCCGAUGGACACCAACGAAAUCAAACAGGAACCGGGAGCGGCGGGCAAGGGAACCUCUGCAGCAGGUGACACCAAGCCGGCUCUCAUCCUGGGCGAUCCACUGGGCAUGGGCGAGACCCUGGAGGACAUCAAUCCGUCGGCCAUCGUUCUCUAUGUGGUGAAUCCCUUCACCUUCGCCUCGGACAGCAGUGAGUUGGAGCGAUUGGCUCUGAUUGCCUUGCUCCGUUGCUAUGCGGAGUUGCUGAAAGCUGUUCCGGAUUCGGUGCGAGCGCAGAUGAACAUCCAGAUCAUAUCGCUGGAGUCGGUGAUGGAACUGGGACCGUGCGGCAACCGGAAGCGCUUCUCCGACGAGAUCAAGUGCCUGGCGUUGAACAUCUUCUCGCAGUGCCGUCGCCAUUUGGUCCACGCUCAAUCCGUGAAAAGUUUGACGGGCUUUGGAACGGCGGCCAAAAUGGAGGCGUUCCUCAAGACCAAGGACGAGCCGAAUCGGCGAGCGUACAAGAUGUACACCGCCCCGUUUGUCCUGGCGCCGAUGCACGAGAGGAACGACAAGACGGACUUCUCCCGAUCGGCGGGCAGUAUGCACGGUCAGAACGAGCAUCGCUACUCGGUGAUGUACUGCAACUACUGCCUGAGCGAGGAUCAGGCCUGGCUCCUGGCCACCGCCACCGAUGAGCGGGGAGAGUUGCUGGAGAAGAUCUGCAUCAACAUCGAUGUGCCGAAUCGGGCGAGGCGAAGAAAGGCGCCCGCUCGCUACGUGGCACUGAAGAAGCUGAUGGACUUCAUCAUGGGCAUCAUCUCGCAGACGUCGCAGAUGUGGCGUUUGGUCAUUGGGAGGAUCGGCAGGAUUGGUCAUAGUGAGCUGAAGUCCUGGAGCUACUUACUGAGCAAGCAGCAGCUCCAGAAGGCAUCCAAGCAGUUCAAGGACAUGUGCAAGCAGUGCACUCUCAUGUAUCCACCUACCAUUUUGAGUGCCUGCCUGGUGACCCUCGAACCGGAUGCCAAGCUGCGCGUGAUGCCCGAUCAGUUUACUCCGGAUGAGCGCUUCUCGCAGAUCUCCAUGCAGAAUCCGCUGGCGACGCCGCAGGACGUGACCUGCACCCACAUCCUGGUCUUUCCCACCAGCGCCGUUUGUGCACCCUUUACCCGCCAGUUCCAGAAUGAGCCGCAAGUGGAUGAUGACUUCCUGACCUUCGAGGAGGAGGGCAACGAGGACUUUAGCGAUGCGGAUAUUGGCGAUCUCUUCUGGGACCCUCACAUAGACAGAGUUUCCAAUCACGGAAGUCCGGGACGAAUGGACGACAAUCGGAGCUGGCAAAGCGCCGGUGGCAAUAACUUCAAGUGCACACCGCCCCAGGAAGUGGAGGAGGUUGGAUCACUCAAUCAGCAGCCGAUUUCGGUGGGCUACAUGGUGUCCACGGCGCCAACGGGUCGAAUGCCCGCCUGGUUCUGGUCCGCCUGUCCGCACCUGGAGGAUGUGUGCCCCGUGUUCCUGAAGACCGCCUUACACCUUCAUGUGCCCAGUAUACAGACUGCCGAUGAUAUUCUCAACUCGACCAAUGCCCAUCAGUCGGCCAACGAUCAUCCGUUGGACUCGAUUCUCACGGCUGAUGUCCUGCGCUUCGUCCUCGAGGGAUACAAUGCCUUAUCCUGGCUGGCCCUCGACUCCAAUACACACGAUCGCCUAUCCUGUCUGCCCAUCAAUGUCCAGACGCUGAUGGAUCUGUACUAUCUGACGGCUGCCAUAGCCUAAGGUCCUAAGGUCCGGGAACUCAGACUUCAGAUCUCAGAUCGCAGAUCACAGAACACCGGAUCAUCUCAAAACUGAAUCAAUCAAAAGCAGUCGCAUGCUUCCGUUAGCAGAACUUCCACUAGCUAUAUCAAACCUCUAAGAAGAACAUCAAACAUCAAACAGAAGACAACAACAGAACAACAAAAUCUACAACAGAAUUAUAACACCAAGCAACCAAGAAUCGAAGUUAACAGAAUCCAAAAACACCAAACAGAAAAACAUGAGCAAUAGCAGCAGCAGUUAACGCAACGCACAGAUUACUUAGCAUAAUGAACAUGAAAACAAAAACAAAGUAAAAACAAAAACAAAACAAAACAAAACGAAAGGAAACAUGAGAUCACCGAUGAAGAGAGCGGCAGAUAUAACUUUUAUCGUCUACCGAUAAGUCUUGAACAGCAACAGCAUUACUAUUUAUUAAUCGUCGAGAAUUUGUAAAAGUGUCAAGUGCAAGAAUUGUUUGUUUAAUUUUAUUUUUUUAUACAUAUAUACAUAGGCUGGCGUUCGAUUAGUGUUUAAUAUUUAUAAAUAUACAAAUACGAGGAGCGAUUGAUGAGGAAUAGCGAAAAGCAAACAACAACAACAACAACAAACAACCACACACAUGUAGGCAUAUAGGUUAUAUACAAUAGGCGGAGUGGAGAACAGCGAGUAACGUAUUUAGCUUAAGUAACAAAGUUUGUACAUAUUUACAACCAAUUCGCCGUAAGCAGCAGCAACAGCAACAACAAAGCAAAACAGAAGUGUAAUUAUACAAUUAGUAUCUAGUUUACAACAAAUUGAACGAGGAGAAGGAGGAGGAGGAGAAAGAGAAGGAAGAUAAGAAGAAGAAGAAGGAGGCCCUAUUUAAAUCUAAUAAAUUAAAUCAAUAAAUUGUGUAAAUUUUUGUGCAAAGCGAGAAUUAGUUUAAAUUUAAAUUAUACAAGAAGAAAGUGUAAAAACCAACCCCCCAAACACACGCAUUAAACACCCCCACACGAUGGAAACAAACAAAACAUAUAAUUAACUGAAACGGUAUACUGUAAAUUGCAUAUAUAAAAACUAUAUAUAUCUGGACGCCAAGCGCAGAUGAUGAAGGACGAGUAGGAGUAAGAGGAGGAGGAGGAGAAGGAAGAGGACAGGAUUAGAGUAAGGAUGAGCGUUAGGAAGAGUUUUUAAUUUCGUGUAUUUUGUGUGUCCUUUUUUGUUGUCUCUUGUAUUCUUAUAAUCCUAGGGAAACAUUUGUACUUCACACGGAUACUGAACACACCCACAAUCCAACCCCCACACACACACAAACACACACCACUCACAUAGCCAAUUUUCUAAUAAUGAAAUACUUAAACGAAAAUGUGUACAAAUUAAUAAUAAUGCUUGUAAAGAACGGGAAAGCUUUCUACACUCACCAACAAAAAAACACAACAACAGAAUUGAUUUUGCACGUUGAAACGAUUUUCGCUAGGCUUAAGUUAAAAACAAAAUCAAUUAAGUAAAAAAUGGAAAACAAUUAUUAAACAAUGAAAUUAUUUUUACCUGUGUAUUUUAAUUAGCAUAAAUUGUGUAAACAACAAAACCUACGAUUACAAAGACGUUUUCUAGUAAUUACCAACACCAACAUAGAAACACACACACACACACCCCCAUAUGCAUAUCUUUUAAGUAGUUUCGAUUUCAUUUAGUAUUCUAUUAUUUGUGUAAUAAACCGAACUUAUUUGCAAACCUGA